AGAAAAUAAUAAUAAAAAAAAAAAAAAACAGUGGCAGCGCUACUAUUGAGUCAACACCCAAUUUUUUUUUUUUAUUUUUGUCCUAAAAUUAUUUUUAUGUUGAAAAUAAUGUGGGGGACAUGGAUAAAUUAUAAAUUUGUGAUACAAAUAGAUUAUAUACCACACGUACAAAUACAAAAUAAAUAGAUUAAAAGACGUGUGAGACAAGUGAAAAAUAAGUUAAUCAGUACAAGUGAAGUCAAACUCAUUGUCAGUUUGUCAGUGUAUUUUUGUGGUUUAUAUUUUCACUUUAGUCACCUUUUGUGUCAAUUUAGAGAAAACAAAUAAUUAUUCGUCACAAACUAUUAAUUGUUGUGUGCAUAUUAAAUUUGAAAGUCAAUUUUAUUUUCACAAUAAAUUGACUAAUCGACGAUUUUAUAAAUAAAUAAGUUAAAAAAGAAACAAGUCAAAAGAUAAUAAUUAAAAUGUCUGCUCCACCACCACCACCACCGCCUUCUUUUAACAUUGGACCUCCAGCAGCAGGUUCUGAUACAGGAGUUAAUUUAUUGCUACAAUCAAUAAGAAAUGGAAAACAAUUAAAAAAAACAGUAACUAUUGAUAAAAGUGCUCCAUGUAUAGCAGGAAGGGUAAAAAAUGGAAAUGUCAAUGGCAAUAAUAAUAGUAAUAAUAACACAAAUAAUAAUAAUAAUUCACUUACAAGUCCAACAUCAUUAACAAAAAAUACAAGUAACAAUAAUGGUGGUAGUCCAAUAAAUUUAGGAGGUUUAUUUGCUGGUGGAAUGCCAAAAUUAAAACCAACUGGUCUUCGUGGUACAAUUGUUGAUAAAGAUAAUAGUCCAUCACCUCCAUCAACAGGAAAUUUAUCAUACAGUCAUACAAUAAAACGUGGACCACCACCAGUACCACCUCCAGCAACUCAAAAACCACAAAUGUCAAAUACAAAUGAUAUAAAUACAAAUGAUACAUUAAAAGGUUUUGGAAAACCAGUUAUUGCACGAAAACCACCAGGACAAUCAUCAUCAACAGCAACACCAACACCAGCAACACCAACACCAACAAUAACAACAACAGCAUCACCAUUACAAGCAACAUUAUCAACACCACCUUCAAAACCAUAUCCACCACCAAAAAAACUUGAUUUAAUAAGAGCUGGAAGUGUAUCAAGAGCACAAAGUAUGAGAUUACCAAGAUCACCACCUGUACUUGCUCCAUCACCAUCAUCACUUCAUCAAUCACAAGAUUUUUUAAAUGAAACACAACAUCGUUUGACAAAUCGUAUAUUAAAACCACCAGUUGUACGUCCACCAUCACCACCAACAUCAAGAUCAUCAACAAGAACAGCACCACCACCACCAACAAGAGUUGCUGUACCAACAAUGCCACCACCACCUCCACCACCACCACAUAGAACAAGUACUGGUCAUCAAAGGCAUGCACCACCACCACCAACACGUAAUUUAUCACUUGUCAAUGAUCAAACAAAUAAUCAAACAAGUUAUAUUACAAAUGAUUUUGAGCAGAGAUUUGUUAAACUUUUUCAUUCAAUUUCAACAUUUCCAAAUCCCGAACAAUUUCGAGGUGUACCAAAACUCUACAAUAGUAAAAAUGCGGCUAAACAACAAGCACCAGCACCACCUCCACCACCAUCCCAAUCAAGUACGAGCUCAAUUCAAUUAAAUGCAUCGUCUGGUGUUAAACAAUGGCAACACAAUGCAGCAUCAUCAGCAUGUUAAUAAUCAUUCAUGAUAAUUAUGUACAUAUUAAUAAAAAUUAAUGUCAUUUGAAAGAAUGAAAAGAAGAAAUAUUACAGAAAUAAUAAUUAAACAAAUUAUAUAAUUAAAUAAUAAAUAAUUUUCAAAAAAAAAAACUAUAAAAAAAUUAGAAACCUUUUCAAUGAGGUUUUAUAUAUUUAAUAUAUAUAUUUUUUCUUUUCUUAGAGAAAAUAGAAGAAAUACAAGAUAGGGUCAAAAUUAAUAAAUAAUAAUAAAUUCAUUUGUGACCAAAUUUUUAAUUUAUAAAUAUGUAAAACAAUGUAUAAACUUGUGAUACUGUUGAACAGAAUAUAACUGCAAAAAAAAAAAAAAAUCAAUGAUUUAACAGUCAUAAUAUGUUAAUAGUAUAUUAAAUUAAUUAAUUUAUAUUUAUCAUGUUUGACGAUAGAUAAACAAAGCGCAAGCAAAUAUGCUGUAUGAUAAAAAUAAUGUUGAAUAAUUUUUUUCCUAUUAUUGGGAUUUAUUUUCAUAAUUUUUUUAAAAUUUCAUUUAUAAAUGUAAAUAAUAGAUUGUUAUUUAAUGCUCAGUAGUAUAAAAAAUUCAUUUACGAAUUUUUUAUUUAUUGAUGACGUUAUAUAUAUAUAAUUGAUAGAAAAAAAAAAAAAAAAAAAAAAUGAAAAAUUUAAAUUG